AUGGGUAGUCUCGGCUCGAGUUGCGCCAAUUCUCACCACUUUAGGCCCUUAGACCCUGAAGAGUUUCGCGCCCACGCUCAUCAAAUGGUCGACUUCAUAGCCGAUUACUACGAAAAAGUCGAGACCUAUCCGGUCCUCAGCCAAGUCCAACCAGGCGACCUCCGUUCCUGCUUGCCCGAAUCUGCACCGUAUCGACCGGAGUCGUUGGAUUCUAUCCUCAGGGAUGUUCGAAGCUGUAUCAUUCCGGGCAUGACUCACUGGCUGAGCCCAAACUUCUUUGCGUUCUUCCCUGCCACGGUGAGCACAGGCGCCUUCCUGGGAGAAAUGCUGUGCACGUGCUUCAAUUCCGUCGGCUUCACCUGGCUCGCUUCUCCGGCGGCAACCGAGCUCGAGAUGGUCGUCAUGGAUUGGCUCGCUCGCAUGCUCAAGCUCCCCAAGUCCUUCAUGUUCGCCGGCACCGGGGGCGGCGUGAUUCAGAACACCACCAGCGAGUCGAUCCUCGUCACCCUUGUCGCCGCAAGGGACCGAGCAUUCGAUGCGAUUGGCAUCGAGAGCUUAAGAAAGCUCGUCGUCUACGGCUCGGAUCAGACUCAUUCUGCCUUCACAAAGACUUGUAAAUUGGCGGGAAUACAUCCAUGCAACAUAAGGUCUAUUCCGACCUCCUUUCAUACGCAUUUUGCGCUCUCCCACGUUUUGUUCCGCAAGGUGGUCGAAGCUGACGUUGCGGCUGGGCUGGUCCCGCUCUAUGUUUGCGCGACGGUGGGGACGACCUCGACUACGGCCAUUGACCCAGUCGAGCAGCUUGUUGACGUGGCAAACGAAUACAACAUGAUGUGGCUCCACGUGGAUGCUGCCUACGGUGGAAGCGCUUGCAUAUGCCCCGAGUUCAGGCACUACUUGAACGGGAUCGAACGGGCCGACUCACUGAGUCUGAGCCCGCACAAGUGGCUGCUCAGUUAUUUGGACUGCUGUUGCUUGUGGGUGAAGAAGCCGGGCUCACUGGUGAGAGCCUUGAGUACCAACCCGGAGUACCUGAGAAACAGGCCGAGCGAGUCGGACUCGGUCGUGGACUACAAGGACUGGCAGGUGGGCACAGGCCGAAGAUUCAAGUCGCUCCGGCUCUGGCUGGUUCUACGCAGCUACGGUGUCGCGAACCUCCAAGGGCACAUACGUUCGCACAUGCGGAUGGCCAGAUUGUUCGAGGGGUUUGUGAAAUCGGAUCCCCGAUUCGAAAUAGUGGUGCCGAGGCUGUUCGCGCUGGUGUGCUUCCGGUUCAUCCCGUGCCGACGGGCCGGACCGGGCGAGGCCGACGCGAUGAACCGGAAGCUGCUGGAGUGUGUAAACUCGACGGGUCGGGUCUACAUGACACACACGGUGGUGGGAGGGGUGUACGUGCUGAGGUUCGUGGUGGGAGCCACCCUCACCGAGGAGCGCCACGUGGUCGCCGCGUGGAAUCUGAUUAAGGAAGGAGCUGACUCGUUGCUUAAAAGUGCACAUGUUGACCAAGGCAGGGUUGGGGUCGAUUCCUCCGUGUGA